AUGGCAGACUCACAGUCAGCAUUUAAAUUUAAGAAAGCGAAUAUUCCUGGCAAUCAAAGGAUUUGCCAUGUACUUUCGCAAUCAAAAUUAUUUAUGGAUGGAAGGAUUGAGCUUCGAUGGACAAAUUUAAGAAUGCCUAAAAUCAUAUUUUGGAUAAAUGGAAAUAAAAUGGCAAAUUUGGUCGUACUCCUAAUGAAGGCCAAAAUUUCCCAUACAAAACCAUCUUCAAAGUCAAAAUGUAAAAGAUGUUUUUAUAUGCUCUCUUUCAAGUUGUGCGACUUUGGAAAGUCAAAACAGAGUGAUAUCUUUAUUUCUUUCCUAUCAAGGAAAGGAAUUUUUUCCACCAAGCAGCUAUACACUGAUCUACAUUUACGAAUUGCAGUUAACGAACACUGCUAUCCAGCUGCCAAAAUAACAAUAACACAAAUUUCUCUAUAUCCUCGUGGGGAAUUAUGGUACCUACUAAAGUCUGGCUUUACCAGUCCUUCAUGGUUCCGUUUUAAAGCGUAUUUUAUAGUUAAGAAAGAAGUGUCUCAUAUUCUGCAUUGUAAAAAUUCCCUCAAAUAUCCAAGAUUGCGGUUUAAGGACAAAAUUAACGGACACUUGUUGCAAUGUCAGCAACUGGUUAUUUUAGACAGCACAGUGAUGACAUCACAAUACACUUUACUUAUAUUUAUGACCUACACAUUUUCUUACGCAGGCUAUUCUGACUUAAUAGGUCAGUCUUUAAACCAUGAUGUAUUAAUACAGUUAGUGACAUUGAACCGGCGUUGCAGCCCAGUAAGAGAUUUUAAUUUACUAUAUCUUGCCUAUAGUUAUUUUUAUAUAUUCGCUUACGAAGCUCUAGUAUAUGAGGAUAUUUUAGUGCAAAUAGAAGAUAAGCUGUUAGACAAGAAGGAUUUUGAAGUUGAAAAUUGCCCUGGAUCUCGAUCUAUAAAGGAUACUUAG